UGCACAUACCCGUUUUUUGUAAUGCCCUACAAAUUAUUUUUCAUUAAAGCUGUUGACUUUUCUGGGUGUGCACCUUGGUCUAGGCGUUACUUUCCAAACCGAAUACAUUACCCUGUCGAUAUUUUGCGAAAAUGGGUGACGAUCGACCUUUUGUGUGCAACGCCCCAGGAUGUGGUCAGAGGUUUACCAACGAGGAUCAUCUGGCUGUCCACAAACACAAACACGAGAUGACACUGAAAAUCGGUCCUGCCAGAACAGACUCCGUCAUCAUUGCAGAUCAGACGCCCACACCGACACGUUUCCUCAAGAACUGUGAGGAGGUGGGUCUGUUCAACGAGCUGGCCAGCUCCUUUGAGCAAGAGUUUCGCAAAGACCAGGAGGAAGAGGACAGGAGGCCCAGGAACCUGCUUUCUGCUCCCCAGUAUGGUGGUCUGCAAACACCCUCUGAAACCAGGGUGAAGGAGGAAGAGCCACUGGAGGUUGACUCAUCUUCUCCAGGCAGUCCUGAUUCCACCUCCAGCAAGUCAGACAGUGACAGGAAGCCAACGGAAGCUCCCUCACGGCCAGCUGCAAGCUCGGCUCCGACCCCUACGAUUGUUCGGCCGGGUUCCCUUCCCCUCCACCUGGGCUAUGAUCCCUUGCAGCCUACCUUGCCCUCCCCUACUUCUGUCAUCACACAAGCUCCUCCCUCCAAUCGUCAUCUUGGAUCGCCGACAGGUCCGUACCCGAUGCUGAUGCAGCUCCCCAUUGGACAGGCCGUACCCCUCCUUCCUAGCCCGGUGCAGAUGCCCUCUGUUAUAUCCCUGGCGCGGACCAUGUCCGCAGUACCCAAUGUUCCUGGCAUCCCUGGUCCUCCCUUAGGAGGGGGAAGCAGUGGCAGCGGCAGCUCCUCACCCUCUGGCUACAACCCCCAGUCCGAGGCCAAGAUGAGGCUGAAGGCAGCGCUAUCCCAGCAGGCAUUUGGAGCCCCGAAUGGCAACAGUAUGGCUGUGGGCUCUAGUCCCAUGGUACCGCAGAGGCUGGAGCAGGGCCAGCUACUAGGACAACACUCUGAUGCCCCCUCACCUGCACAGCCCCAGGUGUCCCCAGCUCAGCCUACAGGAGGCCGGAGGCGGAGGGCAGCGGAUGACGAUCCCGAUGAGAGAAGGCAGCGCUUUCUGGAGAGGAACCGGGCGGCAGCUUCCCGCUGCCGUCAGAAGCGCAAGCUGUGGGUGAACUCCCUGGAGAAGAAGGCUGAGGAACUGAGCUCCAUGAAUGUCUCGCUGACGAACGAGGUGUCUCUCCUGCGGAACGAGGUGGCUCAUCUCAAGCAGCUGCUGCUGGCCCACAAGGACUGCCCUGUUACAGCCCUUCAGAAGAAAAGUGCAGCCUAUUUAGGAGAAGAUAGUCCCAAAGACCCUUCUGAACCAACUGGCUCCCCAGCCCCAGUCAUCCAGCACAGCUCCAUGGCCACCAGCCCAGGGUCCCUUCCCAAUGGGAUGAGCUCACGGGCGGCCGCUGAGGCUGUAGCCAUGUCUGUCCUGGCAGGCAUGGGCAACCAGCGUGCAGAGGGCAUGGUUGGAGCUUCCCAUGUUACUGUGGCUUCACAGUCCCAGCCCAGAUGACGCAGGCGGAUGGCUCUUUAGACUGAGCGGGCUGCCCGGGGUAGGACGUGGAGCAGGAAUGAAAAGAGGAAGUGCUCGCUCUAGGAGUGAUCCCCCAUUCCUGCCAUCAGUGUCGAUCACAGCAGCCCCUUCGAGAACGUUCAGGCAUGAUGCUCAGCAGCAAACCUGGAAAGGACCUGGAAUGGGGGACAUUUAUGCACAAUGCAUUUGACUCUAGGGGCUGGACUCCCACAAUCACCCCCUCCUCACUCAAUUUUGGAUCGCACUUGUUUGUUUGACUGCAAAGCUCAUGAUGAGCACACUCUUCUUUUCAGAGCCCACUUGGACAUACUGUAACAUAUACUGAUGCACUUAGAGACGCAUGCACAUGCACACGCUUAUAUGCACAUAAAAACACUCUUUGUUCUUUAAUUCCUCCAGCCAGAGGAACUUGCGAUUUCAUGCAUAGCGACUGUCUUUGGGUAUGUAUCACUGCAAUAAGUACACAGCAGAAAUGUUACUGCCAUUUAUUUCUCUUUUACAUCUGCAUUCUAGAGCAAUAUCUUCCAGUAUAUUUACAGCUCUUUUGUCUUGAGUUUUAAGUUUAUUUGAAAGCUUUAGUGCUAACUGAUCCUAUUCAGAUUGCCAUCCUUCUCUGCAGCUGGAAUAACUGGAAACCAGCUGCGCUAAACUAUAACCAGAAAAAUGUUGUUUUGAAUUCUUUUCGAGGUUAAACCGUAUGUAGAGCAGAACAUAAUAUUUAGCAUGUGUAGGGUCUAUGACUGAACAUCUAUCAGAUAUCAGGCCUGAUAUUAAUCCAGCACCAACUAAAGCCAUAAACGUUGAAAUAUCCAAAACAUGGAACGUAAUUCAUUUUACAGUUGCGCAGCUUUUGAAUCAAAUUUUCUUCUUUCCUAAUUCUUACUAUCUACCCCAGUGUUACAGUAUUAUAGCGGAGAUACAGUAUAUUCAUGUGUUAUCGGUUAAUGAUUUAAUUGGACAUUCCUCUUCAACUUUCUAUAUAAAAUAUACAAACUUUAGGAAAGUCAUUUCUGGCAACCUUUUAACCUAUCCUUAAAGGAUAAAUGUUAUUUUAACAUUUAGCAAACUAGCCUUAGCAUUUAGUAAAAUUGUAACAACAUCAGAAUUGCCAUAAAAGCAAAGCUUUAGUUAUUUUUUAUUGUUGCAUUAGCAAGUUCUGUGCUAUUGCAGUUAUUAAAAAGCCGUGUUUAUUCCACAGCAGUUACACAAAGAAGCAAUGAUUGGGACUGGGGUUCUAGAUGACCCAGAAUAUCAUAUUUUGAAAGAAAAUAUUUAGGGUACACCUUUGUUAUAACACCCAGCUUGGUAAUAAAAUGACUGUUUUCUAGUCUCAAAAGUAUGGUUAAGUGGUUGUUAGUCACCAGUUGGACUGAAUGACAAAACCGUGUGUAAGGAAUGUGUGCUGCAAAAAAGCAAAAUAAACAGUGGGGGAAAUCAUAACAUGAGAAAUUACUGCAGUUGUUCUACAGCUCCUUUAAUGUCCUUGGUACAUUUAGGGGAUGAAUACAUUAAAAUGAAACUUAUUACUUGGUCAGUACUUGGCUCACUUAGAACAUCUGUUAUUACAGUCAGUAUGCAUUCAUACUUUUCUUUUCCAGGCAGUUUCAAGGCACCAGAACCUUCCUUUCUGUUUCCCAUGCUCAUUCCUGUGUUGUUGGACUGUGUUGGUGCCUCCUGUGUUGUCAGUCUCCCCUGUACAGACCCUGUGCUGAUGGAUGUGAGUCCAUGCCUGAAAACAUAUAUGCUUCUUUUCUUUUUUUUUUUCUUUUUUUUUGUUUUUCAGCAGACAACCUGUGCCUUCAUAUUACACCAGUGCCUCUUGCUCUCCUGAGCUCGUCCUUUCCCAAAGAUGAUGGCCCAUAUUAGCCAUGUUCAUGUGUUCAAGGGAAAAACUUGUUUUCUCAGGUAGUUCCCAGUGUCUAGCACUUUUUUUUGCAGCAGUGUAAUAUACCUACAGAUAUUUUAAUACCACUAAAUGAACGGAACUCCAUUGCUGGGUGUUUUUUCCUGAUCUCAGCCCAGAAUACAUCUUUUAUGGACAUGAUAUAGCAUCUCCUGGCAGACAGAUGUGAUGCACUCCUUCAGUCUGACAGGAGACCAGCUGACAGCACAGGGCACUGAAUCGUACCCAUUCGCCAUGUCCCUUUGGGGUUGGUCCGCUGCAGCCAAAGUGUGGGACAUCACAGUCAGCAUCUGUUCUACAGGGAGGAAUGCAAAGGAAUCAACUUUUAUUACUGUUGUACAGGUUUAAACUGGCAAAUUGCCUUUUAGUUUGGAAUUUGUAACGCUGCCUGAAGAAGGUAAUCAUAAUUAAUUCAUUGUGUGGUGCUUGCAUUCUUUCUUUUAAAUGACUUGCAGACUAAUGAAGCUUUUGCUGAGUUGUCUCUGCAGUACUCCUCUCUUGCACCUUCUUGGAUGCCUAUACUAGAGUGGCAGG